AAAGCAUGGAACGCAUGGGUCUUCGGUCUGCGGAAGAAAUGAACCUAGCUCUUCUUUCCAAGCUUGGGUGGAGACUAGUAACCGAGGUCGAACCUCUCUUGAUCAAAGUUUUGAAGGCUAAGCAUUUGGUGGCUAAGGGUAUAGGAUACUUGGUGAGUACAGGUAGAAAGGCUAGCUUCUGCUUGGAUAGUUGGCUAAAAGAGAAACCACUGCAUAGUCUGCAUUGUCAUGUAACCAAAAAUAUAGCUGCCGAGCACUUAGAAAAAUUGGCAUCGGACUAUUGGAGAAGUAAUGGAUGGAACUUGGACAACUUGAGCCAGUUUCUCCCUGCAAUUGCUUGGAACAAACUUUGGAAGCUGAGAGCCCCUCCAAAAUCUAAGACGCUGCUGUGGUUAAUAGCUCAUGAGAGGGUUCUUACCAAUUCGGCUGGAGUAUCGAGGGGCCUUGCACGAAGUGAUGAUCGCCCACGCUGCAACACAGGGCCAGAAACCGUGCUCCAUUUGGUCCGUGACUGCCCUACAUCAGAAGCAGUAUGGAGACGCUAGCUACUUAAGAGACUACCAAUGGAACCAAUGGCAAUCGAUGGAGUGUAGCGAAUGGAUCCAUCAAAAUAUAAAAUGUCAAUUGAAGAUCAAGGAGUUCGAAUUAGAAUGGAAUGUUGCCUUUGCUGUGAUUUUUUGGUAUAUAUGGAUAGGGUGGAAUAAGACUGUUUUUGAUGG